CCGUGUGCGCUCCCGCUGCCCGGCCGAGCCCGGGGCUCGGGAUCAAAAUGGCGGCGGCCGGAGCGGGGCCGGGAGGGAGCGGGUGUCGCUGAGCGGGAGGAUGGCAGCGGCGAGCGGCUGCCGGGGAAAUGGAGGAACAGAAUGCUGGACCUGGGAUUGAAGAUUUAUAAAGGAUUAUGGGAUUAUACACUGAAGAGCCAGCAGGCGGAAUGCCUGAGUGACUGAAGAAAAUGGGUGCUAAUGCAUCUAACUACCCUCACUCGUGUUCCCCAAGGGUAGGGGGAAAUUCACAGGCACAACAGACAUUCAUAGGUCACCAGUUUGAAUCCAUUCAAGCUCAAUCGUGCAUGAAAUUUGGUCCUGUCCAUCUGUUUGGCCUAUGGACAUCAUCCUACUCUCAUCAAGGUUAUGGCUGUGAAUCAAAGCUAUAUAGCCUUGACCAUGGCCAUGAGAAGCCUCAAGACAAGAAAAAGAAAACCUCUGGCCUUGCCACCCUCAAAAAGAAAUUCAUUAAGCGUCGGAAAUCGAGCCGGUCUGCUGAUCACGCCAAGCAGAUGCGCGAGCUCCUCUCGGGCUGGGAUGUCAGAGAUGUUAAUGCAUUAGUAGAAGAAUACGAAGGAACAUCAGCCUUAAAGGAACUUUAUCUACAAGCUAAUUUGGCAAGACCAGAAGCCAGGACGCUACAAAAAGACAUGGCUGAACUUUAUCAGUACAAAUACUGUACUGAUGUAGACUUAAUAUUUCAAGAAACCUGUUUUCCUGUGCAUCGUGCGAUAUUGGCGGCAAGAUGUCCAUUUUUUAAAACGCUGCUUUCUUCCUCACCGGAGUAUGGGGCAGAAAUAAUAAUGGAUAUUAACACAGCUGGCAUAGAUAUGCCUAUGUUUUCUGCUUUGUUACACUACCUUUAUACGGGAGAGUUUGGAAUGGAGGAUUCAAGAUUCCAAAAUGUUGAUAUUCUUGUUCAGCUUAGUGAAGAAUUUGGAACACCGAAUUCCUUAGAUGUUGACAUGCGCGCACUGUUUGAUUAUAUGUGCUACUACGAUGUGGUUCUUAGCUUUUCAUCCAAUUCUGACUUAGUUGAAACUUUUGGUGGAAGUCAGAACUGUCUAGAUGAAGAGCUCAGAGCUCAUAAAGCUAUUAUUUCAUCACGAUCUCCGUUUUUUCGUCACUUGCUGCAGAGGAGGAUACGAACUGGUGAAGAAAUCACAGACCGAACUCUACGAACUCCAACUAGAAUUAUAUUGGAUGAAUCUAUCAUACCAAAAAAAUAUGCUAAGGUCAUUUUGAACUGUAUGUAUACAGAUGUGGUGGACCUUUCGGUUUUGCACUCCAGUCCUUCAGUGGGCAGUUUAAGCGAAGUUCAGGCUCUUGUAGCAGGAAAACUAAACAUGACUAGGGCUGAAGAAGCUAUGGAGCUUUAUCACAUAGCACUGUUCUUGGAGUUUAACAUGCUUGCACAAGGCUGUGAAGAUAUUAUUGCUGAGAGCAUCUCACUAGACACCUUAAUUGCCAUUCUGAAGUGGAGCUCUCAGCCGUACGGUUCCAAGUGGGUGCAUCGUCAAGCUCUGCAUUUCCUCUGUGAGGAGUUUACCCAGGUCAUGACUUCAGAGGUCUUCUACGAGCUCAGCAAGGACCACCUGCUCACAGCUAUUCAGUCUGACUAUUUACAGGCAAGUGAACAAGAUAUUCUUAAAUACCUGAUUAAAUGGGGAGAACACCAGCUGAUGAAGAGAAUAGCAGAUCGAGAGCCUAAUUUACUCAGUGGUACUGCUCACAGUGUGAAUAAAAGAGGUGUGAAGAGGAGAGACCUUGACAUUGAGGAGCUGAGGGAGAUCCUGUCUCCACUUCUACCUUUUGUCCGCAUUGAGCACAUCUUACCCAUGAAUAGUGAAGUACUGAGUGAUGCAAUGAAGAGAGGCCUGAUUAGCACUCCUCCUUCAGACAUGCUACCAACAUCAGAAGGUGGAAAGUCAAAUGCCUGGCUGCGGCAAAAAAAUGCUGGGAUAUAUGUGCGGCCAAGACUGUUCUCGCCAUAUGUGGAGGAGGCUAAGAUCUUGAUGAAAUUCCACCGGAAACAAAGCAGCGUUCUGAGGGAAACCUCCCUGGUUUCCAGCCAGUUUGCCGGCCCAGCUCCUCGGCAGCCCUCCUGGCAGGCGGAUGGCAAGUCUGUGCUGGAUGAGAUGAUGGUGGAACAAACGGAUCUCGUUCGUUUGCGGAUGGUCCGAAUGUCCAACGUGCCCGACACCCUUUACAUGGUGAACAACGCGGUGCCGCAGUGCUGCCAUAUGAUAACCCACCAGCAAGUCAGCACUAACCAGACCAGUCCUCCCUCAGUCAUAGCCAACGAGAUCCCAGUUCCCAAUCUCCUCGUUGUGAAAGAGAUGAUCAAGCGGCUGCAGGAGCUGCGUCACACGGAGCAGGUGCAGAGAGCGUACGCCCUCAACUGCGGAGAAGGUGCCACAGUCAGUUAUGAGAUUCAGAUCCGUGUGCUGCGGGAAUUUGGGCUUUCUGAUGCUGCUGCUGAACUUCUGCAGAAUCCUCACAAAUUCUUUCCUGAUGAGCGAUUUGGGGAUGAAAGCCCCCUCCUGACAAUGAGACAGUCUGGACGGUGUCGUGUUAACAGCACUCCCACUGCAGAAACCAUGUUUACAGAACUGGACUCUUUUGUGGCCUUCCAUCCACCACUGCCCCCUCCUCCACCUCCAUAUCACCCACCAGCAACUCCUAUUCAUAACCAGUUCAAAGUGGGCUGGAAACAAAGGGUGCCAAGUCAACAUCCCUCACGUUCCUUCUCUUACCCGUGUAAUCACUCGCUGUUCCACUCCCGCACCGCCCCCAAAGCUGCACCGCCUGUCUACUUGCCUGGUGUGAAGGCAGCACCUCCUGACUGCACUAACACCACAGGUCUGGGGCGACAAACAGUGGCAGCAGCAGCAGCAGUGAUGGCAGCUGAGAAACAAGUGUGUACUCAGCCCUUGCUAAAUGACCUGAUGCCAGAUAUUGCCAUGGGUGUGUCAGCGAUGUCUUUAAAGGAGAGAAGAUUACCAGAGCUCACGGUUGACACGGAGUUAAGCCAGGUGGUUACAGAGGUAGGGCCUGGCCCACCCCAGCACAUUUCAUGUAUUCAGAACAGACACAUGCCUACUGCUCGGAAAAAACAUGCAAUAGAGCAAAAAAUAGAUGCUCGAGAAAAUCCGCAGGAAUAUCCUGACUUCUAUGACUUCUCCAAUGCUGCAUGCAGACCCUCUACUCCAGCACCCAACAGGCACAGUCCUUCGCCUUCACAAGGCAUUUAUUUUGGCCCAGAUUUGUAUAGCCACAAUAAGGCAUCACCAAGUGGCUUAAAGUCAGCCUAUCUACCUUCCCAGAUAUCUCCUAAAAAGCAAGAGGACUCUAGGAGGGAAUACCUGCUCUCGCAAGAUGGGCAUCAACACAGGCAAAAGAAUGAGCCAAUACACCUCGAUGUCUUAGAACAACCUCCCCAGCGACUGGACUUGGCCUUGGCCAACCAGGAAAAUGCUGGGAAUGGCCCUGUUCACGUCAGGGGAAGAGCAAAAAUGGAAACGGAUUUAACCUAUGGGCUAACCUCCAACAGACCUUCGCUCUCUGCCUACACCUCUGAAAUGCCAGAAGAGAGACCCAGUAGGAGACUGGCAGAUGAUGAGCCAUUGGAACAUGGAGCACAGAGGAAUGCAGAUUUGGAAAGGGAAGAUGCAGUAAGCAGAGGAAGGAGGUCUCCCAACAAACCAGACUUCCUGUACAAAAAAUCUGCCCUAUGAAAGCAACCUCCACUAUUUCUCUGUGCCUAAGAGUUGUAAACAUCCCAUUCCUUGCAACUUUUGGCCUCACUUCUGUCAGACAAAUUCCUUCAUGCCAGCAGAAAAAUUCAGCUUCGCUCACUUCUUUUGUACAUACAUUGCUUUGUUAGAGACAGCAUGUUAUCAAUUUUGUUUUAAUGCUGCUUCUGGUUUUAUUUUGUGGGAAUUUUUUUUUUUGAGCAGAUUUAAUUAAGCCUUUAAAAAAAAAAAAAACAACAAAAAAACCACCACAAAACCGGUACCUUUUUUCUACAACCUGGUAGCCUUUUGCACCUGUACAUCUAUUUUAGUGUAUUAGUUUUGUACUAAUAUGUUAAACUUUAAUGUCACAUUUAAAGGACUGUAUUUUCAUACUUUUGCAUUUAUCCUUUCACAUGCCAAUUCCCUAUGUGCAUUGGGUUGCACAUUAUGAAAUGUAUUUUCUUAUGAGAUAGUAACAACCUGUUUAUUUUUUAAUUAUAGGAAUUCCAAAGAACAGCACAUCAAAAAACCUACAUUUUUAGUUAAGAUUUUUUUGUUUGUUUGUUUGGAUUUGAAAUCUUCCUGAUUUUUAUGACUACAGCAAGAAUCCAGUCUAAUGUUUUGUUUGAAAAGUUUUGGCAGCUGGUCUUAUAUAGAUAGCAAACCCACUUCAAGAAUUACAUUUGGGUUUUUAAGAGUUCAGAGGGAAAUUUAGGAGUCCAAAUUCUAGUGAAUUUACUGGAAUAUGACAGCUUGAGUCUGUUUGCUUCUGGUUCAGCUGUGCCCAUUGAGAACUCCAUGAUUACCCAGAAGCACUUACUAGACAGAUUAGAAUUGUUGAUUUGCCCAUGCAGAGAUAAAUGUAGAAAUACUAUAAAAAUGAUAGUAACUACUUGUUCUUCCAGCUGCUCAUACAUGGGGAUAGUGAAGACCAGAUUUGUGGAUUCCUGCUGAGUCGGAGUGUCAGGAAGACAAGGCAUAGUCAACAACCUUUGCUGUUGCCUGAACAUGAGGGAGGGUUCCCUCUCCCGGAGGUGCCGAGGUGACUGUCCAUUGCCUUGCUUUCUCCUGCCUACGGUUACAAAAGGGCUUCACUCGUGGUGAUGUCUUGUAGUGUUCCUUACCUGAUCUCACGUGUUGCUGACUCCAUGAUCGCAGCUCUUCUGGGAGCAGAAUCCCAGUGAAGAGUCUCUGCUUUAGCAUCAUGACACGUGUGAAGCUUUAGCACUCUUGAAUUAUGCCUCCAUUUCCUGAGUUUGCUUUUUGAAAGCACAGAAAUGAGAUUCCUCUUAACAGGAUGUGAGGAGGGAAUGAUGGUGAUCUGGGCUGGCUCCUGCCACUGGGGUGGGGUUCAGCAAUGCACUGGGGUGGGGGGGAAUGGUUACAGUUGUGAAGUGCAUCCUUAAUACUCACUGUGCAGUUCUAGGAACAAAUUCAUUGCAUUCAGGAUAGGGAUCUGAUGCCACUGCAGUGUAGUGAUUGCUGGUAAAGGCCUGUUUGGGGGGGGUUAAAUACAGUUUCUAUAAUACAUUUCCCUGUAGUAGAACACUUUAGUCCCAUGUGUGACCUUAGGACUUCUUUAAGGUUAUGUUGAGUGGAUUCCUGCAGCUCAAAAUGCUUAAUAUUGUUUUAACAGAAAUCGUGCUGCAACUUUACUUUUGGUUUUAGCUGAUGGCAGAUUCUUAGCUAAUGUGUUUCAUUAAAGUAUGCUGUGUCUCCUGCAUAUGCAUCUGUAGACCUCCUGCCUCAUGGAAGCUCUGCAGACACUCCUUUUGAGAUGCAGCCAUGGAAAACAUGGUGUAGGAUUGGAACAGAAACUGUGCAGGUGAUGUCUUGUGGGUGAGGGGAGAUUUCUUUCUUUUUUACCUCUGUCAGCCUUUUUAAGCUGUUUUUUUGCCCACAGUCGAGGCACUUGGUGGUCCCGGCUUCAUCACCCACAUGUGGGAUUUCCAUGGGACGGCAGUGUAGAACAUUGUUAAAUGCAGGGUGUCAGUGGGGAGAUGGUGCUGCUGCAGGUUGGUGACUGAGGUUCACGGGGUUUCUUGUGAAGAUCGAGCAUGGUGCUGUCUGACUGCGUAGCUGUUACCGCACACGAGGGUCUCAUCCUCGCCAGCAUGAGACCACCUCACCAGAAGCAUUAACUUUCAUCUCAUACAAGAACCCUGAAACUCCCUGCACUUGCAUCAUGUAUGUGUUGGCGGCUUAAUUACUAAAAAGUUAGAGCUGUCCUCAGAAGACUGAUUAUUCUGAAUAAUUUAUUUUUACCUAAAACUGAUAGAUGUACUUCAGGAGAACUAUUUUAGUUAUCACAGUUUGAUGUGGCACUGUGUACCUGGACAGAGGUGGGGCUGAGACCUACAGAUAAAACUUUAACGUUUGAAAUUUUGUGGGGGCGUGGCUGAUGAAGGUAAGAAGUUUUGAGGUUAUGGUUUGAGGAAAAUCAUGAAAUGCUGUGGCUUUGGAAUAAGCUGGUGAGAAAUGCCUCAGGGGAGGACACGUUUGCGUUUUAGAAUAUAAAAUUGCUUUUGAAGUCUCAGGAGCUGAGCAGUAUUCAAAAAAGAAUCGAGUGUUUAAAAGUAGGUGCAGAAUGAAAGACAAGUCUUUCUGAGGCCACAAAGACAAUCAGGCCAUGCAGACAAUCUGUUUUCACUUGUAUAUUUUGAGUUGGGAAGAAGAUGGUAGCUAAUGGCAGCUGAUUUGAAGUGGAAAAGAAGGAUUUGUUGAAUUACUGGAACUGGAUUACUUUACUCCAGCGUAGGAUUUCCUAUUUAGUUGGAUGUGCAGAGGGAGAGGAGAAACCAUCUUUUCUUAGAAGCAUUAUUCAGAAGCUAGUGUUCAUACUACAUCUCACUCACACAACACGUGUACCUGUGCUACCUGCUACUUCUUAUUCUCUGUCUACUGAAACUUUGGUGCAGAAGCUCCUUGUUUACAUGAAGCACUUUCUGAUUAGGCUGGAAAUUGACACCUUUUCCUCCUAUAAAUUUGAUGGAGAUGACAGAUUACUGACUAUUUUGCUUGGAUAGAGGUAUAAACAUUGUUUUCUUGAAUGAGGGAGACUUGUGCUCCUUGUUCUAUUAAAGAGAGAGCUCAGACUUUGUAUUUAGUGAGCAACAUGCAAAAACUUCUUAUUCCCUUUUCCCCAACUACCCUUCCUCUUUUCCUUAAUAUAUGGAUGAAUAACUUAAUUCCUAAAACACAUUUUUUCCUUUAAAAUGUUUUGUUGUUCUACGGAAUUACUGUAGUUGUGUAUUAGUAACUGCUGUGUUGAUUGGCAGUUUCCUGUUGUAUUUUUCCUGUUCUUAAGGACUUUCUCUUAUGAAAAUUAAGGCUGUGGCCACCUGUACUUGUAAAGCCUUGGGUUUUGGUCCUGGAAUGUCCCAAAUGUUUGUCUUAGGGUUUUCUUUGGUUUGGUGGGGGUUUUGAGGGGGUUGGGUGUUAGUUUUGUUUGGUUUUUUGGUUUGUUUGUUUUGGUUGGUUUUUUUGGUUGGGUAUUUUUUUGUUUGUUUGAAAGAACACUAAAGCUGUUUGAGGCACUGUUCCUUCUUCUAAUAAUUCUAUGCUUCUAUGGUAGAGGUGGUGCUGAGCCCUGUGGGGUACAGGGAACAGCUGAGAGGGAAACUUGUAAAACCGCACUUGGGGUUUCUGUAAUUACCUGUACUGCCAGGAGGCAGCCCUGCCUUCGGCAGCAUUAUGGAUGUUUCUUGUCCUUGUGUUGUUACUGGUAUAAAGUCAAGUGCCUUCAAUGCUAAAGGCUCAGAAAACUUUCUUAAACUGACUUCAUGUCCUAUGCAAGUGUUUUUUCUACAACCUGCAUAACCAGUACUUUGUAAAACUUGUUUACGCUUCAAUUGUACAUAGUGUUUUUUAAAAAAAAAAUAAAUAGUAUUUUUAUUUAGGUACCUCCAAACUUGAAUUCUAGUCUUGUGUGAUGCAUUGUAAAACAAUACAUUUCUCUUUUGAGUACCAUUACAGUUGUAAAAAGGUUUUCACUGGUUCUAUUUUUCUACUGUUGCUGAGAAGCAUGUAACACUGACUUUAUCCUACAUAUAGUUGGCAUUUCAAAUAAAUGGCUUGUAUAGAA